AUGGCGCCUGCUCUAGCCAAAUCACUGGGCAGAUUGUCGCGGGAGGCGAUUAUCGACCUGGUGCUAUCAUGGCUCAAGGAACCCGGCAGCUCAACUCCCUAUCUUCUGAACAACCGCAAGCUGUUCGAAGCUGACGAGGAAGAUUACCUCCAUACCCCCGCCGAGACUAUCAAGGAGUUGGAGAAAUUAUACCGCCAAUUUCUGACCGACAAGUCAAACUACAAGAAGCAGGAUAUCAUUGAUCGCAUAGUCGACGGUGACUGGCGCAGAGGGCUGUCCCUACAUCAGCACGCGAGCAUCGACUUUGCUCAUCUGGAGCAAAAUGAUAAUGCGUUGCGGUGGACUGCCUUAAAGUUGGUGCCACUUACGAAACUACAGGACGAGUCACACGAGGAAGAGCAUACAUAUUCGUCAAGGAAAAGACGGAAACUGAACCAUGACUGUUGCGACACAAAAUAUCCUCAAAUCUCCCCUCGAACCUUCGUCUCAUCACUCCGAGCAGAGAUCUCCCCUCUCGUCAAAGCACAUUUUCACAUCCACAGAAUGCCAGCACUGUAUGGUCUUACCAUAAUCAGACUCUAUAUUACGCUCGAUGCCGCUUUCCGCCCUCGCAGCUCCAAGAUACCACGUCGCGUCAAGCACGCCACAGACGCCGGAAGAGUCAUGUAUAUCGCUUUGCCGGACAGUUGCCCCUUUGUGUACGUGUCCCUGUCCGGCUCCAUCAAGCGAGAUGGGCGUGCCAAGAGCGCGAGAGACUCGGGAGAAGCGGUAAUGUCAAGGGUCAACAUGGCCACGAUGAAGAAAAUAAUUCUAGAGGCAAUCCCAAAAGCAGUGUCUCGGCCGCAAGAGAGGUGGGCACUCCAGUCAGCGAGCUUAACAGCGAGAUCUCUCCGGAGUAUUUGCAGACUGCGAGGCAACCUGAAACCCGGCACUGGAGGUGGUGUAUACAGUGCUUUUGCCAGCAACGUUCAUGCUUCUCAUGACAGCCCCGUGGGCGUCCAGCUGCCCGCCGGCGCAGAUGACAAGGAGCUGCAUCACUCCAUCGACAAGCGAUUUGGGCACAUGGUGGCUGACCACUAUGCACCACUGGACCGAGUCCACGUAAAAGUCGAGAAACUUUUAAAGCAGGCGGCGGAAACAGAUACUGGCCCUCCGGGAAGCGAUCAAGGCGAUAUCGCGCUUACAUUUUCUGGUUCCGAUGUGUUCCUAGGUUUGCGCAAGCUGGCAGGGAUGGGGACAUCAUUUGUUGACCUGGACGGGAUGCCGGCCUGGAUGACGGGCGAGGUGGGGGUGAGUAGCCUUUCGAUAUAG